UGUUCUAAACUUCUUAUACCUAUUUUGGGUGUAGGUACUAAAUGCAUUGCCCUCAGCGAUGCUGAAGGUAAAAUUCCCAAGCAUUGGUGAGUAUGAAUAUGACAGAAAUGGAAAAAUGUCCCAUGUCAAUGAUGAUGACAAGCUUGAGAGGGAGAGACAUGAUGAAGAGUUCUGGGCCAAGUAUGACCCAUUUGAACCAUAUGACCAUUUUGACUCGUAUGAUGCAUACGAGUCUUAUGGCAAGUGGCAAGAUGAGUGUCUCAAUGAAGCUAUGAGGGAACCAAUCUUGUAUACCAGCCUGACUGGACUAGAUCCUCCUUGCCCCAAUGGAGCUAAAACCCAUCCUGAAAAGUCCAGCGACAAGCCAGCAACUUUGGGUGCAAAAGAAUUUAUGGAAGGAAAAUUCCGUGUCAUGUUUCACCCUGUUCAAGAAAUGAACCCCUCCUGCUUGGUGUACAGCUUGCGGUUGUUGGCAUGUCUGGUGUUGGCAGUAGCUUUGUACUGUUUCUGCAAUGGUUAUCAGGAGGUAAAAUUUCUCGAGAUUGUUAACAAAUGUCUUGAAGGCGAACACAACCCCAUGUGCCAAGGCUUCAUGGAGCCUGAAGGCACCAUGAACGACUACAAAAGCAUCACUGUGCAAGAAGACAUGUACUCGGAUCGCCUCGAAUGGAUACCUAAAGAGAUGACGCCGGCCCAGGAAUAUGUGACUCUCGUCAGCAUCCUGGAAAGACAUCCAUGCCAGAGCCUCAGGUGUCUUGAUAAACUCACCGCACAGAUUUAUGGAGGCAAGGAAACUGGUCUAACUCCCACUCAGAAUUCCAGGAAUUCGUCUGGAAGAAACUCAAUACAAAAGCCUGAACUUCAUGAUCGUAUGGACGAUGUGCUCAAGAAGAUGGAUAACUAUGACGGUUCUGAGCUCAAAAAAGAAGUUAUUAAAAAGAAUAAAGAGUACUUGGAUGUUGAUGGUGCAAUUGAUUCCGCUGCUCACGCCGUUGCAGGGCAAAUUACAAGCAAAAGAGUUUUGGAGCUUAAUAAGGCUGUUUACCGUCGUAUGAGCGUGCAGAAUUCAAACCGCAGAACACAAAACGUGUCUCCUGAUGUCUAUGGAGAUUUAGAAGGGAAUGCUCCUUUCCUAGGCAAUCUUGUCAGAAAAAAGCCGCGAGACUUACCCGAGCGGUCUGACUUUCUCAUUGAUAGCUUGGUCGAUCGUGUCUCUGCUAAUGAUGAAGAGCUAUUAUCUGUCAAGGUCUAUCCUAAGAACGACAAGGCUCCUUCAGCCCCUAAAUGGGCAGAUGCUCCUGAAGAAUGUGCCGCGGUAGUAACAUCUCGUCGAUUUGACUGCCAUCCAGGCCAGGGAGCGUCUAAGGAAGUAUGCAUUGCUCGAGGCUGUUGCUGGAGACCAGUCGAUGUUUCAAACAAUGUCAAAAACCAGACUCGUUCAAAUUCUACAGCCGGAAGUGCUCGCAUCAGUCCGCCGUACUGUUUCUUCCCUCCUUCCCAUGCUUCGUACCGCGUUGUGCAUCACCAGGACACUCCUACGGGACAAGAAGCUCUGUUACAACUGAUGCGUCCUUCAGGGCACGACGGUGACCAGGCCGAACUGCGUCUGCAAGUUACGUACGAGUCUGAGACUCGGCUCAAGAUACAAAUCCAGCCAAGUAGUAGAGAUGCGCCGUGGGUGCCUGUGCUGCCUUUGACUGCCAAGAGCGGCCCCACACUCGCCGGAGUGAAUCCACACCAGAUGCAGCGACAGUACCGCGUUUCUCUGACGCGCCAUAACGCUGCCUUGACCGUCACGAGGACCGAAACCAACACCACCAUGUUCAGCACGCAAGACGCUGCGCCGCUCAUAUUUGCGCGGCAGUUUGUACAAGUUUCGUCGGUACUGCCGUCUUCAGCCGUGUACGGUCUAGGACAGCAUAGGGACGGUUUGCUGCUUGACGUCGACUGGUCUCGCUAUAUCAUGUGGAACGCUGACCAAAUACCAGAGCCUGGUUUGAAUCUCUACGGCAGUCAUCCGUUUUACCUGGCCAUGGAGAGUGGUGGCACCAGCCAUGGAGUCCUUUUCCUGACGUCUAACGCUAUGAGCGCUACGUUGCAGCCUGCACCUUCCGUCACCCUGCAGUCCUCUGGCGACCUGAUUACCUUGUAUAUUUUUACUGGACCCACUCCUGCAGAUGUGGUGCGGCAAUACACGCAGCUUGUAGGUCGUCCCGCCAUGCCACCAUAUUGGGCGCUGGGCUACCACCAAUGUCGGUUUAAUUACGGUACUCUGGAGAAAACAAAGAAAGUCUGGAAACGAACCCGAGACGCUGGCAUACCUUUCGACGUGCAGUGGAAUGAUCUUGACUACAUGUCUGGCAGGGAGGACUUUACUUACGACCAAGAAAAAUUUUCUGGACUGCCGCAGUUUGUUGAGGAGCUUCAUGAGCUCGGCAUGCACUACGUUCCUAUCAUUGAUCCUGGCAUUAGCGCUUCUGACGCCCCUGGUAGCUACCCGCCCUAUGAUGAAGGUACCAAAAUGGGCAUUUUCAUCCGCAACGCUUCCGGGCAGGACUUCAAGGGCAGAGUUUGGAGCAGAGGAGAUACAGUUUGGCCUGACUUCAGCCAUCCUCGGGCUCUGUAUUACUGGGCACGUCAACUGGUGAGAUUCCACGGAGUCGUUCCGUUUGAUGGCGCGUGGAUCGAUAUGAACGAACCUUCAAACUUCUUCUCAGGCACAGCAUAUGGCUGCAACGAUUCAGAUCCAAUUAAUUCGCCACCGUGGGUGCCAAGUGGUCUAGUGGGAGCUUCACUCUACCACAAAACGCUGUGUCCCGACGCCAAGCAAUACGUGGGCAAGCAUUAUGACCUCCAUAACCUCUUCGGUAACAUGGAGGCCGUCGCCACGAACGUGGGCUUAAAAGUGACUCGCGGUGAACGUCCUCUUGUCAUCAGCCGGGCAUCGUUCCCCGGGCUGGGCGUGUGGGCUGGGCACUGGACAGGUGACGUCGCCAGUGACUGGGACAAUCUUAGGGCCUCUGUACCUGACGUUCUCAACUUCAACUUAUUCGGUAUCCCGCUGGUGGGCGCCGACAUUUGUGGCUUCAACGGCAACACCACACCUUCUCUGUGUCUGCGCUGGAUGCAGCUGGGUGCCUUCUACCCUUUCUCACGUAACCACAACACCGACACUGCCAUCGACCAGGAUCCAGUAGCUCUAGGUCCUGACGUUGUCAAUGCGUCUCGACAAGCCCUGACUGAACGAUACCGUCUGCUGCCGUACCUCUACACGCUGUUCUACCGCGCCCAUGUCUACGGGGACACGGUGGCGCGGCCGCUCUUCCUGCAGUUCCCGCAGGAUGCCGCAACUUACUCGAUUGAAACUCAGUUCCUGUGGGGGGAUGCCAUCAUGAUCGUCCCAGCGCUUGAAGAGGACGUCACGACUGUUGAGGCGUACCUCCCUUGCGGCUCCAUCUGGUAUGACUGGUACACGGGAGAGCGCGUCGCUUCCGACGAUUCCAGCCACUAUGCAGCGUCCAUUUCCGAAGCCAGUCACCCAAGACCGGGGAAUUCUAGUGAUCAUUCCGAUGCAGACGAAAAUCCUGAUGAGAACGAAGUGUUAAACUCCACACCUUCUCGUAAAAUUGUCUCCGUCGCACACGUUGAUUUGAAAACGCUUGCUGCCAGUGAAAUUGUGCAACCUUCUAUAAAUAUCGAAUUGCAAACCGGUGUGGAAGAUCAUGAUAGCUCCAGUAAAAAUCAGCGAGAGGAGAGUAAUGCAUUUUCUGUUGGUAAAGUUGAGGCCGGUUCCAAUACAGAUCGAACGCUGGAUGCCGAAACGCACUCACGUAGUCUUAUAUUUCAAGAAACUGCUCCAGAAUAUCCAUUACUUGCCGAAGACAUCUUUGGAAACUUCAGCUCAUCUGACGCUGCUCUGGACUACAGUUCCUCGGACGCAGACAAUGACAUCGACGCUCUGAACCAACCUCUGAUUUCAGACAGCAAUUCAAGUCACUACAACUCGGGAAACAUUCUAAGUAGUGGAGUUGACUCGGAAAGUUUUGAAUUCGAAGCUUCUCCUUAUUUGAGUCGAGUUGAUUCUGAGCAGCGCGUUGAAGUUACCGAGCCAGGCUGCUUCUACACACAGCUCGCUGCGCCACUCGACGUCGUGCCUCUGCUGAUGAGAGGCGGCACGUGUGUGCCCACACAGGAGCCUGCUGCCACCACCACCGACAGUCGGUCGAAGCCUCUGAGUGUUGUGGUGGCGCUGGAUCAGGCUGGGGAGGCCCACGGUCUGCUCUACCUCGACGACGGCGUCAGCAUCGGUCAGUUCCUGGCUGCUGACAUGCCCUGCUACAAUGUAGAUACAAUAGCAGUCAUUUUGUGUUAUACGUAA